GCUGACUACUGCAGACAGCAAAUGGACGACGAGCUUCUCGACGAGCGCUUCCAGCCUUGCGCGUGCAACACCCGACGCCGUGUUCCAGUGGCCUGUCCCAAUAAUAUCGGCUCGAUUAUUGGGACGAAUCGUGACUGAAUCAUGCGCGGUCUUAAUUAGUGUCCAGCAUGCUGGCGAAACGCCUCCGCAAACUCUCCCACUCCCAGCCUUUCGCUCACCUCCCCGAACCGGAAACGAUAGUCUGCAAUCCAACGACAUCCGCCGCCUGCCAGGCUGCCUGCACUGACUCUGGAGACCCUUCGGCUUCCCAUGCAAGGAGCAAUCCACAGUCAUCUUCUGCCGCCUUGUGCUGUCCAUCUCCACCCGGACACCCAAAUCAUCGAGGCCAGCAACCAAACCGGCGCUGCUUCCGUCCACAGUGCGUCGUCAGCCCGGAUCGGCCAGGGCCACGGUUUAACGUCGAAUUUCCAGCAGUCCGGGCUUGCAUCAACCGGCCACAAAACACCAACUCAAACGCCGGCACCAGCAUGACCUCGUUCACUCAUUGCCCGUUUGUGCAUCAGGGCAUCAGAACGCAAGCGGUGAUGACCUCGGCACGUCCGCGUAGUAGGGCAGGCCUGGCAGGUAAAGUUGUAAACCCAUGCCGUCACGCAUACAGCCUGCACCACCUAGGUACUCCACGUCUUGAUAGUUGCACCGCUAGACUGGCUAGACAUCCGUUGUUGCAAAAGCAAGAUGCCGCAAGCAACCGCUAUAUCGCGGCUAGACUUGCGGAAUAAGUUGCACUGGUGUGCAUGCACCUAGACAGCCAUCAGCCCACCCAAAACCCUCAUCCUUGGACACGUUUCUUUAUUGCGAAAGUGGACGGAGCAUCUCGAUCGCUUUUGUUAUCUUGCGCUGAUCAAUCUCUGAAGUACGGCUGCGCACACCGGUCAACGCCUUCGUGUUACAGUUCGAGAUCUCUGCAAGCCGGAUCACUCUGUCAUAUUCCGUAUCCCUACCAGCAAAUCUGCGGCCACUCGAUCCGGCGCCACAGAGGAGUUGUUUCCAGUCUUACAUCAACCUAUUCCCAGUCAAACAUGUUUCUUGUAGCACCGCGAAACCCGCAACGGAUCACAGGCGCCCCUUCACUCAGACAAGAC